AUGAUACUUUUCUAUGUUAUCAAUGGAGGCUGUCUAAUAAUUUAUGUCCUGUACUAUGGUACAAGUUCAUAUUUCUCAUUUUUGGUUAUCGUGAAAGCGUUUGCAAACGACGCGGAGACUUGUGUUGUUCCGUGGAUAUUCUAUUUGACUCAUCCGGUAUUCAAGAAGAAAGCAAUCAGUGGUGACUUGGUAUUUUCUACGAGUUCUUUCAAGAGACGGAUUAAUAAUAGUUGA